CUUACAGUCCUGUGUUCUGAGCGAGUUGGCAGAAUCACCAAGACCUAUCGGGACAUAGACGCUGUGACCAGUCUGCUAGAGGAGAAAGAGAGAGACCUUGAGCUAGCCGCUCGUAUUGGGCAGUCCCUUUUGAAGCAAAAUCAAGAACUGACAGUACGGAAUGAGUAUCUGGAGGAACAGCUGGAGGCCGCUAAAGAGGAGGUUUAUCAGCUUCGACAUGAAGUGUCCAUGCGGGAAGACCUUCUCCAUCUGUACACCAGCAACUUGGAGAGCGAGUCCACAUCUGCCAUUGCUACACCGCUGCAUAGAAAUCACUCCUCAUUCUGUCUUCAACGUGAUGUCCAGCUAGAUGCCCUCCAGCAAAAGCUCAAGAACCUGGAGGAAGAGAACCACAAGAUGCGUAAUGAGGCCAGCCACAUCCUUGAUAGAACUAAUGACUAUGAAGACCAGGAGAGCUCACUAAUGCUGGACUGCGUAGAACAGUUCUCGGAGGCCAGUAAGCAGAUGGCACUGCUGGCAGACGAAGUGGCUCGCAGAGGAGAAGAUGCAGCCCGGCAGCAAGAAGAGAUCAGCCAGCUUCUUGCCCAGAUUGUUCACCUGCAGCAGAAGUGUCGCAGUACCUCCACAGAGAAUGAAGAACUUCACCAACAUCUAGCGGCUGUGAAGGACAGGGAAAACAUGCUGAAAACUGAGCUUCAAGACCUUCAGGAAAAGCACAGGGAAUGUGAGGAGAUGCUACAUGAGGCACAGGAGGAGCUGAAGAACCAAAGGAACCGAAGCCUCCCCAACAGCACUAUCAGCAGAUACAGCACACUGAACAUUUUCCCUUUGGAUUCCUUAGCAGCAGAGAUUGAAGGAACAAUGAGAAAAGGGAUUGAUGCAUCUUCAGAACUAAAGAGCUACAAGCGAGUUUUUGAGACCGUGAAAGCUGCCAAUCAAGUGGUAAGGUCCCGUGGUCCUUCUCAGCGGCCAUCUGCUGCUCCAAGUCGCGUGGGCACUCCUCCACUGAGCUUCUGUGAAUCAGAGGGUUCCAGCUUGGUGCAUCUGGAGGAGGAGACAUUGGUUCCAGGAGGAGGAAACGAAUCUUCUGUUGCUGGAGAGAAGAAGUUGGGAACACCCGGUACACCUGGAGGACAAGACCUGGCCGCUGCACUUCAGAGACUUCGCGCUCAACAAGAAUCUGAUUCUCCAGAUCUAUUUAAGGAGAGAGAACACAAGUUGCAGAGAGUUGGAGAGGUCUCCAGUGGAUUCCUUACACCCAAUGAUAGCGUCCUUUCCACUGGUACUAAUUAUUCUGGCAUUUCUGAGGCCAGUGGCAGCUCUAGUCUAUCCCUGGGAUCAAGAGCCUACCUACCUGAGAAGCUUCAAAUUGUCAAACCACUGGAAGGUUCAGCAACCCUCCUGCACUGGCAGCAGCUAGCAAAGCCAAACUUAGGUGGCAUCCUGGAUCCCAGGCCAGGCGUUCUCACCAAAGACUUUCAGGAACUGGACAUUGAUGUAGAGGAUGUCUACAACCUCAAUGACUUUGAGGAAGAUGACCUGGAGCCAAUUUCCUUCCAAGCCACGGUGACCUCCACUCCUACCAAAAACAGGAAAACGAGUAGCAUGUUCACUUCCAAUAACAACCUCCCCCAGACACCAUCUACGUUCACCAUAACCACAUGUCGCACCCCGCACUCUCUGCAGGACAUUACAAUGGUCACUUCCAGUCUUCGUAAUACAGUCCUUUCUUCAUGUGGAAGCUUUGAGAGCUUAAGUUCCCUUAAUCUAGAUACUCAAAAGGACCAAACAGUAACCUCUGCCGCAUCAAGCUGUGACCAGACCGGCUCUGGACGUAACACUCCCAUGGGACUAGUUACUCUGCUUCAGGAACAUGGUAUAUCUGCCACCGCUGAGCCCAACAAGGUGCCCUCAACAGAAGAUGAAAGUAGACCUCCUGUUCCAAUUGCACACAGUUCUUUCUUACCUUUGAGAUGGAGUAGGACUUUGAUGGGUCUGGGUUUUGGAAGAUCCCUAGUGGACGUUGCUACAGCUAAAAAGACAUCAGACUCUGCUCCAACCCAGAAAAGCAUCUUCAGCCUGAACUUGGUGGGACAGUUGCAGAGGCUUGGUUUGAAUCAGGUGGUGGAAAGGGGUAUUGCCUCUUUCCAGAGGACAACAGAGGAUAGAAAUCCCCCAAGCUAA